AGCAAAAACAUCACUGAGGAGACACAAUACAAGUUUUGUCUUUCAUUCGUGUUGUUGUUGUGUUGUUCUUUUUUUAUGACAUUUUGUAUCAUCUUCAGUCAUGAAACUGAUUAGCAUCGUCUGGUGAGAGAGAAAAAAUGGAGAAAGAGAAAGUGUUGUCCAAACUGAUGUGGGAUCUUCAGUCCUUCCUGUCGGUUCUGGACUCUGAGAACCUGAGCUACAUUGCUCAGGCCCAGAAGAAGUCCAUCUCGGAGCUGGUAUCCUCUCUGCAGAGACAAGAACCUCCAGUGGAGGACGCAGAGUAUGUCAUCAUGAACUGUCCUUCAUCAUCGUCGCCUAGCAACCAGGCAGCGGGAGACUCCAACAUCUGGACAAGAGAUGUGGUCCCCACGGUGCCGCGCUGCCCACCAGGGGGCUCUCAAGCUCCUGCUGGUGAUGAUGAUGAGGAUGAAGAUACCUAUGAAGAAGCACAGCCCUACAAAGAUAACAGCACCUGUCACCUGGAGCGAGCUGAGUCAGAGAACAGCUACUACGAGUCGUACGGCGAGGAUGCUGAGGAUGAUGAUGAUGAUAAUGAAGAGCAUGUGAAAGACAGGGCUCACUACAUCCAGUGGAGUUCCUCCCAGCCUUGUCUCAGGCCCCCUCCCGAGUCUCGCUUGUGCGGGUAUCUGUGGAGGAGGAAGUGGUUGGGACAGUGGACCAAGCAGCUCUUCAUCGUUAGGAACCACUCCCUGCUCUGCUACAAGUGUGCGCGGGACCUCCUUCCUCAUCUCCAGCUGAGCCUACGAGGCUGCCAGCUGGUCUACAAGUUGAAGAGCAACCGGAAGAUUCCGCACCAACUCAGGCUCCUGCUGCUUGGGGCCAACACCCUGGUGCUGGGAUACAGCAGCUUCCAGCAGGCCGACGAGUGGCGCCGCGUGAUCGAGGAGCUGAGUGUUGGUGAUGAAGAUCAGAACACGUGUGGGAGCAGCAUCGAACCUCCGCUGUCAUCCCACAGGUCUUGUGCACUCCUGACACCCACCAACCAGCAAGAACCUUCACAUCAACAAUACAAGAACAAAGGUGUGGUGAGCGUGCUGAUGAACUGUCAGUGGCAGAGUCUCCUUUGUCAGGUGGAGGCGGGAGUUCUCAACAUGUUUGCAAAGGAUGAGGACGAGGAAGAGACCCGACGGACACGGGCUCACUCUCCUCAAUACACAAUGCAGCUGCGAGACUGCGAGGUGAAAGCGGCGGCCGACGGCAAAUACCCACACAGGAUCGCCCUGAGCGUACUCGGUGAGCAGCUGGCCGUACUGGAGGUGAGCUCGGCAGACGAGAAGCGGCAAUGGACGCGCCUCCUGAAGGACGCGGCGGCCGGUUACCAUGAUGACAAGACGCAGCAGCACACACACUUAAGCAGACACACCCUGAACACGUACAUGGACCAGCCCUUCCACGCCAGCCCACAGCCACAACCGGUCUACUCCAACUCCCCCAUGCUAGAGCACAUGCUUCACAACUCUCAGGAUGCUGCUGUGAUCUACACCAACAGCGCCUUCAGCAGCCACAGUUUGACUUUGCAGGGGUUUGCAUUAGCAAAAAACAGAAAGUGGUCUGAAGUGGCGCCACGUGGCAUUCAGAAGUUGGAUCUAACUGGCAGAAAAGGUGUCGCCAUGAGGGCAGGUUCUGAGGCUAACCUGGUGUCGGCGACCAAUCAGAACAAACGCUCGUCCUUCAGACAGUCGCUCGCCAUGUGCAGCGAGCGGGCGCAGGCCAGUCUCCUGAACCCUCUCCUGCGUCGUACGGCAUCCGUGAAGACCUCGCUGAGUAGAACUCCAUCUGCGCUCUUUAUCGAACACGGGAAGGUUUUCCAGAGGAGGAAGGAAUGGGAGACCAAAGCUGCUCCCUGAUACCAUGCAAGUGAUCACGUGACUACAGGACUAUUUGACCAUGUGGCCAUAUGACCAUGUGCUCGGUUGGCCAUAUGACCAUGUGACCAUGUCACAACAUGACUGUGUCCACGUGACCAUGGGUACACGGAACUGGGUAACAUGGCCAUGUGGCUUUCUCUUAUGAAUAUUUAAUUGAUAUUAUCUUUAGAUACCACUUUUGGGCACCCACCAGUUGAGAAUCACAGUUUCAGAUCACAUGACUGUGACACGUACACUCUAUAAAACUGUUUGAUACACAAAGUAACACAAAUUAUGUUUAUUUAUUUAUACUUUUAGGCUUAGGUACUUUCACACUAGUUUAAGACUUGAAUGGGUUGACACGCAUGAGACAUUUGUCACGAUCAGUAUGUGUGUGCGUGCACUUCAACCUAAAAGCACCUAUCAUUACUUUUUAUCAAUAAAGUUGUUUUUAUCUAAAUGUCUUAAAGUAAGA